AUGAGGCUGCUAUGUUUAUUCUGGUUAUUUACACAGAUUGUUUUGGCAUUUUCUGCAAAGAAACUAAAAGCCGGAUAUAAGUUUGGCAUUAAGCCAGCGUUUGUUCCAAAAUUGACGAAGCCUCUCUUAAGUAAACUUGGAAGGACAGUCAAAAAUGUAGAGAGUUCAUCAUUUGUAAAAUCGAAGGUAGAUAGUUCUACAUAUAAAUUCUUAAGACUACGGAAUCAGAUGGCAGUGUUUCUUGUCUCAAAUAAUAACUUUAAUCAUUCAGUUAUUACUCUUUCUGUUGGAGUUGGAGCUGUUAUGGACCCUGAAGACCUUCCUGGCCUUGCAAGUUUGGUACAGGAAUCUUUAUGUUUAGGAACUAACCGAUUUUUUGAUAGCUCCGAUUUUUGUAACUUCAUUAGCUCUAUUGAUGGAAAAAUUGAAAUGAAAGUUUAUGAAAGGAAUUCAGUCUUUACUUUAGAGGUUGGGAACCAGUACAUUUCAACAGUUUUGGACCGUUUAAGUGAUAUGAUUAGGAAUCCUUCUUUUCCUGAGAUGCUAUUUUUUGCCAAAACUGAAGAAUACUCUGGCACAUUUGAUAGUUUGUUAAAUGACAGUGAAUUUUUGUUUCAAUGUGUUAUAAGAGAUAUUUCUUUUGAAGAUCAUGUAUUUAAAAGGCUAAAUGUUCUUACUGAUAAUUCAAUUAAAGAAGCUAGGGAAAUUUCGGAGAUUAACUUACUGGAACAUGUAAAAAAUUUCUAUAAUCAACAAUAUAGCUCCAACAUUAUGACUUUGGUUGUGGCUAGUGGGGAGGCACUUUCUAAGUUAUCAUAUGAAGUCAUUUCAAAUUUUUCUUUAGUAAAAAAUUUGAAUAUUUCUCGCCCUCUCCCGUUUGACUUGGCAAGAAUAAUUCGUCAUCCUCACCUUGCAGUAGUUGGAAACGCUAUUCAUCUCAAGGCUCACUCCAUAAAUGAGCUGAUUCUCGAGUUCCCUAUAGACUAUCAGGAAGUCCUUUGGGAUUCUUCCCCAAGCUACUACUUAGAAUAUUUGCUUAAGGAUAAUUCCAAGACUAGUUUAAGCAAUUUUCUAACAAAUAAAGGAUGGAUUCUUAAGAUGGAGGUCAGAACUAACUCUCACAAGUACUCAUUUUCUAACUUUGAACUGAAGUUUUUGCUUACACCCAAAGGGCUUGAUAAGAUUAAAUCAAUUAUUCAAGCAACAUUUAUUGUUUUAGAACAUAUUAAAACUUCACCUAUUAAGCAGGAUAUACUUGUCGAGAUUCAGCAGAUACUCAAAUAUAAGUUUGACUAUUAUUUUGAUGUUUCUCCCAGGCAAAUAUCUGAAAAGAUUAUUGACUCUUUUGAUAUUAAAGGGUGCUCUCCCGAGGAAGUUCUCAUUGCUGGUAAUCUUGUAAGAAAUUCAAAUCCAGAGGAGGUUUCUGCAUUUUUAGACAAAAUUUCCAUCGAUAACUUGGUUAUUUUUGUAAGGCAUUUGAACUUUGAUUUUAAAAACGACAUUUUAAACAGAGACCAAGGAAUUAUUCAAGAAUUAAAUAAGAACAUUCCAAGAAAAAAUCAGUCUUUUGCUUUAUAUAAACAAGACAAUGCUUUAAGAACCAACGAAAAGCAAAGUUCUGUUGAUUCAGAACAAACUGGGAAAGAUUUAGAAUCAGAAACAGAGCUUGAGUAUAGUUCGGAGCAUAAACAGGAAUUAGAAAAGGAACCAGAACAACAAUCAAGCUUAAAAAUGAGCCAGUCUGAAAACAAAAAUAUCGAAUUUAGAACAUGUCCCAAGUUCAACAACAAAUACAUUGUAGAGGAGCUCUCUAGUGAAUUUAUUAACCAAAUAAAUGAGGCAGUUAAUCUGAUCCACACUAAGUCUAUUGGGUUUAAGAUUAGGAGGAGCAACCAACUUUUAAGAAGCACUCCCUUGCAGUAUUUUUCUAAUACUGCUAACUAUAGACUUUACUUACCAACUAUUCUUAAAAAUGCAAUUUUAGAUUACUUAACGGUUGAAAGCUCAGCAUCAAAGUUUAAAACAUUUCAUAAAAGAAUCAGAGAGAACAUUAAUAAACCAGUUUAUAGCAGUUUCCUUUUUUUCAAUAACGUCAAUUUUCAGGCUCCCUCUGCUACGUUCUUCAUUAGAAUCAUGAUUCCAGAAGCAAUCAAAUUUGAUGCUAAUAUUGAUACUUUAAGCGCUCCUAUCACUGAGUUGAAAUAUACAAAGUCAGUCAAAGAGUUAAUUUUAUCACUUGAAGUUCUAGUCGUUUGUCUCAAACAUUCAAAUGAAGAUAUAAUAAGGAAUAUGAAAAGCAUUGAGGGAAUUUUCUCAAUUACAAGUAUCCUUAGAUCAGAACUUAGCGGAGUUCCCUUGGGAUUUGAAAUAAAAGUUAAAGGAUUUUUAGGCUCUAUUUUCCUAGCACUUAAAUCAUUCUCUAGAAUUAUGCUAAAUUUAAGGAAAAAUAUUUCUCAAGAAAAGUUCGAACAAAUCAUUCAAUCUCUUGAAAACAGAAUAAAGACGGAGAAUGUUAAUAGGAGUUCAAAAGAGGUAUCUGAGCUCAUCUUAAAAUCUAUUUUUGAAAGCAAGAAGACAUCUAUUUUAUCUUUGGAAAGUGAUUAUAGUUCAAUAACAUUAGAGCAAAUUUUAGAGUUAUCUUCAUUCUUAUGCAGAAAUGGGGCUUAUGAAGGUGCAAUUAUUGGAAAUGUGAAUCCUCUUCAGGCUUAUACAGUAUUGAAUCAGUUCACUACAAAAUUACGCCAUCAGAAUAUCCAAGAACAUCAAGUUUUUUCAAAGCUGAACUCAAUAGGAAGUUCUAUGCAAACUUGGAAAAUUUUGGACCCACUCUCUAAUCAAGGUAACACAAACUACUAUUAUUACAAUGAAUUAAGCUUGGAAAACACAUUGAACUCAAAUUCAUUAUUAUAUAUUCCAUUUUCGUACUUCAACGCUGAUUCUAUUGCAUUCCAAGUUCUGUUUGAAUAUAUUAUUUCCACUUUCAGAGAGAAUUUAUCCUUAUCUGGAGUAGAGAUUGACUUUUUUCCCAAGAUCAACGAAUUUUUCUUAGUUGGAUUUACUGUAGCAUUAUCUGGGUUUGAAGAUAUUUCUGUAUUGUCUGAAAAGCUUUUAAAUACGUUUUAUAGUAUUAUAAGAUUUAUUAAAGACAUCCAGAAAGACCAACUUAACCAAAUAAAGAAGAAUAUGAUUGCCAAUCGCAAUACUGGUUCAGAAUUUGGGCAAUUAGAAUCAAAACUACUAUAUCAAGUUACUUCUAGGAAAAACGUCACUGCUGUUAUGCAAGGUGUCAAAUCUUCUUUGAUUAUGAUAGACCACCAGAUUUUAACUAAAACAUGUGAUCUAAUUCUUAGUUCUUCAAAGUUUUUGAUUGUAAGCCAGAAAAAUACAGAUGAUUCUGAACUUGAAGAGCUUAAAAAUUAUAUUCCUUCUGGUUUUACCAAAAUAACAGAUAUAAAUCAGCUGACUGAAAAUGAUUCUUACAAAUUUAUUAAUGUUCCUAUUAGAUUUAUUGAGUCAGAACAAGGUUAA